GGCGCGCGGCGCGGCGGCGGGCCCCUGGGGGGAACGGGCGGCUGUUGCCCUGGUUUCCCCCCUCACCCGGGCGGGGCUGAGGGACGGACCGGUGCCUCGCGCGGGCGGGGGGCGGUGCUGGGUGGCGAAGACUGCUGUGAUGGCGGCGCUGGCGCUGGCGCGGCCGUUCUGCGGCGGCCCCACCUGCCUGGGGAGGCUGCUCCGGCGCCCGGCGGGAGGCGCGACGUGCGGCCCGUGGGGUCGGGGGCGGCCCGGUGCCCGCCGCGGGGCCGGCGAGAGCGAGGUGCUCAGAAAAAGCCUUCAAAGGGGGCUUUUGCUUUCAACGGGGGCCUUUUUCUUUUAUGAAGCUCACAAGCUGAUUUCUGGCUUUGUUGAGGUUCAUGCAAGCUUCAAAGUGGAAGAAGUUAUAGAGCAAGCAGACUACCUGUAUGGGAGUGGAGAAACUGAAAAGCUGUAUCGGUUGCUGAUUCAGCAUAAAAAUAGUGAUGAUGCAGAGUUGUUGUGGCGGCUGGCGCGGGCAUCACGGGAUCUAGCUCAGCUUAGUAGUACUUCUGCAGAGGAGAAAAGACAACUGGCGUAUGAAGCCCUUGAGUGUGCAAAAAAGGCACUUGAAAAAAAUGAAUCAAAUUUUGCAGCGCACAAGUGGUAUGGAAUUUGCCUCAGUGAUGUUGGAGAUUUUGAAGGAAUCAAGACUAAAAUUGGAAAUGCCAUUGUUAUCAAAGAGCACUUCCAGAGAGCCAUUGAGCUGAAUCCAAAAGAUGCUACAACAAUUCAUCUUAUAGGCAUUUGGUGUUACUCCUUUGCUGAAAUGCCAUGGUACCAAAGAAAAAUAGCUGCAACACUAUUUGCCACACCGCCAACCUCCACAUUUCAAGAGGCUCUUCGUUACUUCCACAUGGCAGAGGAAGCUGACCCAAAUUUCUACAGCAAGAACUUGCUCUUUUUGGGGAAGACAUACUUGAAGUUAAACAACAAAAAGAUGGCUCUUCUGUGGUUAAGCAAAGCGAAGGAGUAUCCUGCACAUACAGAAGAGGACAAACAGGUACAGAAAGAAGCUUUGGAGUUGCUUAAUUCUAUAUAACAAGAAACAAGAUCAUAGGAAUUCAGUGCCUCAGGUUUGAGCAGAGUAGGAAGGAGACCCCAAAUACUACUUUGGUUUUAUUGAAGCUGUUAAUAAAAGUAUACCCUAAGCCUGCCA